AUGGAAACCCAGGACAGUCUUGACAUCGCCGCAUUGCAACGCGACGCGUUGGGGCUAGAGCACGAACCAUCGGCGUGCCUCACUGGAUCUGCAGGAGGUGCCAUCGCUUCGCCGCAAACGCCUCGUCGUUUUUAUUCCCACCGUGCUGAUGGUGACGCAUCGUCGACUGGCCACGGGCUACCCUCGACCUCCGCACCGGUCCCUACGAACUCGUACCCUCAGCGCCAAUCCCCCUCCAUGCCCCAGCAGCAUGAGGCAAACCCGAUGACUUCCCACAGCGCCGCCGAACCGGAUACAGUACCUGGAUCACAAAUCGAAAAUAUGAGCUCCGCAGAAACGGCGCCUGGUGACACCCAGGUCGUCUCGCAGUCGGUGUAUGACAGCAUCAUCCAACAUAAUGGAGAGUCAAUGCAGCGGGACUUUUCACAAACCGGUGCCGACGGGGCCACCCUUCGGACCCUCCACGAGGGUGACAGCGGCCAUAUCGAUCUCCUGACAGAAUUCGACACCGCACGCCCGCCAGCAAACUUAUCCCAAGAUCACGAUGACGAUGAAAGCAACUUUGAUCCGAGCGAGUCGUCUCCCAUGGCCUACCAGCCCAACCUGUUCCCCGAAUCUCAACGCUUCCUGACGACAACCCCUGCGACCGCAGUCAAAUCUGCCCAGACCAAGGGUAUGGCGACAGAAACCCCAACCGUUUUUCGGAUCCCACUCGCCGGGGACCUUCCGUCCAGCGGCGGUCUCAUGAGCCUAAGCCAGGUUUUCAAGGCGACCCAGGCCCCGUCCUCUCCACUGGUGCACGGUCAACAGGUCGACCUUAUGUCCGAUCGCCCAUCGCCGAAUGUCCCAAUUGAACAGCCCCGUGUGGCCAACGCAAUCUCCUCGCCACUGGUUGGCCUGCCGGCGAAUUUCAUGCGAGAAUCAUCUGAACCCAAUUUGAAUUAUAUCUCCAUGAAAGAAUCCCAAACCAAGCGUGACAGGGGCGAGAGGCUGACUCGGUCAGCCGAUAAUAUGCACUCGGAGGACCAGAGUGAUCGGGAAUUCUUCAAAGAAUCCAGCUUUGUGGAGCGUGCACGCCGCCAGCGACAAAUUGACGAGGAGGCUACUGCUCAAUUUGCAGGCCUGACAGCACCUGCCCGGUCUAUGUCCAACUUGUCCGCAAGACAAGGAACUGUUUCCCCGGAGGCGCCAGCUGAUCAUGCACGCGAAGACGAUGUCAUGUUGCAAGCGGCCAGCGAGGAAGAAACCGAGCAAGAAGAAGAACUCGGUCCGCAUGUUCCUCGUUCGCCAGAACCUCCCCAUUCUUCAACAGAAGAAGACAAGGAAAAUUUCAAUGGCCCGCCCGCUCUAGCAAUCGCCGCCGCUAGUUCACAUGACCGUCUUUCCCAGGCUCUUAGAUUUGGAGCCACUCCAUCGCCGCCCCGUGCAGAGGCUUUGACGCCAACUGCAGUAGGAAGCGUUCGUCGGCGCUCAUUUGGAUCUCCCGAGAAUGAUCCAGCCGUCGAUGUCAGCCGGUCUUCACAGGUGAUGGUCAAGGACUCCCAACAAUCACCACAGCAGUCGCCGCAACAACCUCCGGAACGGGAAAGCCACCAAAAUUCCGAUAUUGCUAGGAAAGAUUCGCAGCCUGUCGGCCAUAUGCAAAUUGAUCCAGCUUCUGACGUUGAUAAAGUAUCGCCUGUCAGGCAACGUCUUCAGUCAUCCCCACCUUGUUCACGGCACGAAGAUGGAGGAUUAUCGCGACCACGCGUCAAUUUUCAGGGACAGUCACCUGUUGUCUCAAAUCGUUCUAUCUUGGUGCCCCGUCCACACAACUCAUCCUAUGAGGGCCACCAAGCGAAUUCUAGCAACCCUUCAACUCAACCUAGCGUGGGAUCCUCUCGCAAUGACAUCCGAACGGGAUUUGGAGGUAAAUCAUCAUCGAUGCCAUCCCGUAUAACUGAAACACCCGUCCAUCAGCACCGAAAGCCGCUUGGUGACAUGGCUCGACUGACGAGCAUCCCCGAAACAAGCCCCAAUCAUGAAUGGGAGGCCGAAUACAACGGAGAUGCAGUGAAUAACGAAGACGACGAUCUUCCUCCCAUGUACCCUGUCGCCAAAAAUGCUCGGAGUAGCCAGCUUCGGCCAUCUGGUUCACGAGCGCUUUCUUCGCCUGUGAAGAACCUACAUUCGCAAAUUCUCUCUAGCCCAAGCGGGAGGCAGCGUCGAGCAUUGACUGAGAUUGCGGCGGACCUGUCACCACAAGUCGGAACGGGCUUUUUUGACAUGGGGAUUGGAAUCUUCACGGCCGACGACCAAGAGUUCAGAUCAUUGAUUGAUAAUUCGCCGACUCGCCCAAAGAAGAAACGCCGCGGCAAUGAUGGCCAAAGCUACCGUGCCUCUGACCCUAUUCUGCCCAUAACCCCUCGCCUUCAACCCCCCAAAUCUGUGGCCCCUACCCGCCCAGAGCCUAUUGCAGAAGAGCGCCAGGAUUUAGAGCCGGAGCAUGUCCCCGAAACAAAUGUUCGCAGACAACCAAAGCCUCCUCGACAAACUGAUGAUGUUUGGGAGAUCGGGGCGUCACCUCAGCAGGUUAUUCGGCCAAAGUCAAGACGCGGGAGAUUAUCUUCCUCCCGCUAUGUCGAAGAGCGGCGUGCCGCAGCUCAGACUCCCGAAAAACAGGCUCUCCCACGGCCAGCUGCUGUUUUUCAUAACCCUCAACCUGCUUCAUCGUCCGAGCUCACGGAAGUAUCCAUGGAUUCGGAGAACAUUACUGUGUCAGAGAAAAGCGUUGUCGAGAACCCUCCUAGCACACCUGAGACACCACGAGCUUCCUCUGGCAAUUCCCAAGUGGCUCCCAGUCAGGUCCUCGCUAUAUGGAUGGGCCAAACACGAGCAUACUACCCUGCAACUUGUUUUGGAACACCACUUGGAGUUUCACAGAGCAAAUACAGUGUUAAAUUCGAGGACAGUAAUCCAGUCGAGGUGCCCAAGGGUGCAGUGAAAAGGCUUGAACUUCGGGUCGGAGACGCCGUCAAAGUUGACAUGCGCGGCGUUCCAAAAGUCACCCGCAUCGUUCGUGGAUUUGAAAACAAGCUCACCAGGGAAGACCUGGCCAAAGCCGCGGAUGAAGGCUAUUAUCCUCAAACCGACAUUCACGGACACACAACGGUCAUACUCGGGCCCAAACAACGGAAAAGCCUUCCGAAUGGCGGCUUAAAUAACCCCGAAAAUGUGAUCAAAAUUCCUAUUUCCCGGAUCUACUUGGAUUCUGUUCUGUGGAAUCAGCUUAAGGACCGGUCAUUCACAUAUCGACCACCUGUUCAGCAAGAGACCACCGUCCACUCUCCGUCAGAAAAGUCAUCCGCACCGGCCUCCCCUAGUGCGCGACUCUCCCGCAGCCUUCAGCAUGCCAGUGGCAUCUUCGCUGGAAUGGCUUUCGCGGUAUCUUACAAGGAAAACGAAGAAUCCAAGAACCGUGUCACCAAGCUGAUCAUGGAGAACGGCGGCAUUGUCCUACAUGAAGGCUUCACGGAAUUGUUCGAGGCUUCGUCAAUUGUUCCCAUCGACACCCCAACCAAGGGCUCAGCAAAUAAGGCGGAUGCCAGUGGAUGUCUGCGUCUUACGGCUCUUGCUGAGGACGUUGGGUUUGCCUGUCUUCUUGCGGACACGCACUCCCGGCGCGAGAAGUACAUGCAAGCGCUGGCACUGAAUCUCCCAUGUCUGUCGGGCCGCUGGGUGGAAGACUGCGUGGCCCAAAGACGGGUUCUCGACUGGGAUCUCUACCUCCUCCCGGCCGGAGACUCGAUGUACCUCAACGGAGCGACCAAGUCAAGGAUCUUGACUCCAAUUCCGCCCUCCACUGCCCGCUUACCGGACACUGUCGCCGCGCGCCCAAAACUACUCAAUGGCCAGUCAGUGCUUCUGGUGAUGGGCCGCGGCAAAGUCGAAAAGCAAAAAGCCUACAUCUUCCUGACCUACGCCCUAGGCGCAUCCCGUGUCGAGCGCGUUCCCGAUCUGGGGACAGCCAAGGCCCUGCUAGAAUCCCAGUCUGAGGCCGAUCUUCCGGCCACAUGGGACUGGGUUUAUGUUGACGAUGCCGAUCAAGCAGCGGCGAAGUCAAUUCUGACGCCGAAGUCGAAGACACAACGUAUUCGCUUGGUGCAUGGAGGCAGGAAACGUAAGAAGUCGGAUGUACUGACUCUGUCUACGCCGAGCGGCGACUCAUCCUGCGGCGCGAGGAUUGUUGGUAAUGAGUUUGUCUGUCAGAGUUUGAUCUUGGGCCGUUUAUUUGAAGAGUGA